GUUUACAAUAGCUCGUACGGUUAACCCAGAAAUUUGCGAUCGCGUAUUAUUAAAUGCGCUUCUCCUAGGGUCGAAAACGGCCGAUUGAUGUUCGAGCACGACUCGUUUCGGUUUUGCCCUCGGGAAUAUUUUUGUUUCUAAGAAAAAAUAUUCUAAGGAAAAUCCGAUCCGCCCUCGAACCGUGUUCGAAUUAAAAGCAAUCCCAACUCUCCGGGGAUCAAUCAACGCCUGUACGUUUAAAAACCAUCCUCGAUAAUUUUACGCACAGAAUUUAUAGAUUUGGUAAAUGUCUGAUAAAUUCAAAAAUGAAUCUGGCACUACGAAACACAGUGCCAGACCAACCGAUAUACAAAGGACAAUGGCGUAGCUGAAUUUGUUUAUUUAACUAAAGAAUCUCGUGAGCUGUUCCUAAGAUAAUCAUUUGUAAAUUAUCCAUCUAGAAACUGGAGAUAUAAUUCAUGGAGGAGGAGUUUCAACGAUUUAGAGAAUGGACCGUUCUCUAGUAAGCCUACAGCUUUGGAAAACCUCUACAUGCAGCUGAAGAAGCUGCACAACAAACUUCAACCUCAUGCAUGCAUUUAAGAGUUAUCUAGCUUUACAUAUAGACAAUGGCUACGUCAUUUGACCCUUAUGACAAAAAUAGCUGGUAUUUUGGUUCUAUGUCAAGGCAAGAUGCAACGGAACUGCUCAUGGGAGAAAAAGAAGGUGGUGUUUUUUUAGUUAGAGACAGCAUUUCAAUUGCAGGAGAUUUCGUACUUUGUGUCAGAGAAGACAGCAAAGUCAGCCACUAUAUAAUUAAUAAAAUUCAGCAAAAUGAUCAAGUGAAAUAUAGAAUAGGCGAUCAAAUGUUCAACGAUUUGCCUGGUUUAUUAUCAUUUUACAAAUUACACUACUUAGAUACGACUCCAUUGAUUCGUCCUGCCCCUAGGAGGGCUGAAAAGGUUAUAGCGAAAUAUGAUUUCAAAGGAAGCGAUCAAGAUGAUUUGCCAUUUAGAAAAGGUGAAGUGUUGACCAUUGUGUCAAAAGACGAAGAGCACUGGUGGACAGCGAAAAAUUCCUUGGGUCAUGUCGGGUCCAUACCAGUGCCAUAUGUGCAAAAGUAUGAUGGCCAAGAAGGAGCAUCUGAUUCUACAGUAAAUUUAGUUGAAACACAUUCUCCAAGCGGAAGCCAUUCGGAACCAGUAAGAAGGCCGAAUGUACAGAGGAAAUUACCAGCGCUUGCUAAAGUGAAACAAGCACGGGUGCCUAAUGCUUAUGAUAAAACUGCACUCAAACUUGAAGUGGGAGAAGUGAUUACGGUAACAAAAAUGAAUAUCAACGGCCAGUGGGAAGGAGAAUUGAGAGGAAAAGUCGGCCACUUUCCUUUUACCCACGUCGAGUUUGUAGAUGCUGAAAUUUAAAACUUCUAGAUCUAGUGAUAUAGUACAAACAACUGAUUUUUCCAUCUUUGAAGGAGAUCACAACACAUUCAACGAAAGCGGCGAUGGACUGAGUAGUCAGUUGGUAAAAAAAGAAAAG